GAUUUGUUUAAGUAUGAUUAGAUCUGAUUCAAUCUAGUCUGGGACUAAAAUUAGUACAAUUAAAAACAUCCUAACACAUUAAUUGCAGCAAUAAGGAUGUUUUUAUUUGCAAACCAGACAAUAUAUGAUCAUAACACAACAAACUAGACUUAAACAAGCUAGUCUAGACUUACAAAUAUUGGAUUUAAACAUACUGCAUCAACUUCAAUAGUUAUAAAAUACACAAAUAUCAAACAUAUAUCAGAUCACACUAUACUAGACCAAAUUUGAUUAAACUAGAUGUAUUCUUUUUUUAAAAUCGAAGUCCUGGCACGUGUUUAGGUUUACACAAAAGUAUACAAUUGGCUCAUACACCCAAAACCGGUGAGACAUUACCAUUUGCCUAACCCGGACCUCCCCAAACUCCAUUACAAUAGAGAUGUGCCCCAUUACUUGUUCCCACACCUCCUCCCACCACACCGACAAGAACCUCAAGCCCAAAACCCCCCCGAAAACCAACCCGAUCAAGAACCUCAAGCCGAACAACAUGAACCCGAGGUUGUACUUCACCACAUUCCCGAACAGAACCAAGUCCCUCCACCACCCGAUUACUUCCAACAACUACUUGAAGGAUUCAACAAAGUUACCAAUGAAGUUGGAAGAUAUCGGGAGGAACAAAGGGCAGGAUUUCAAAGACUUGAGGAGCAACGGGCCGAAGACAACCGAAGGUACGAAGAAGAUCAAUGUAGGUUCUAUAUAUGGACCUAUGUACUCUUACAUGGCUCAUCAAGGCUCCUUCCACACUAUGGCUCAACCACCCCCACCCCCCUCUUGGUAUGACCCCACUCAAUAGGGUAACUUUGGAGGAUCUAGCUCCGGGGGUGGAGGUUAUGAUGGUGGAGACGACGGAGAUGCUCACAUGGGCGACGGGAGCUUCGGAGGCGGCUUUGGAGGAGGCUUUGGAGGCGGCUACUAUGGCGGCGAAGGUGGGCACUAGGGACAGUGCUUGGACUAAGAAGGGGGAAGAUUCCUCAUGGAACUCAUUUGAUCUCUUGGAAGAAAGAGGAGAAGAAAAGAAGAAGAAUGUACUUUGUAAACUCAUUUUUAUUUCUUGGUGAUCUUAGUUUCUUUCUUUCUUGAACUCAUGGGAAGAUCUUAAACUGUUUGAAACAUUUUACUUUACUCGAGGCCUAGUAAAGAACUAUGUGUGGGGGAG